AUGGGCAACGACAAGGCUUUGCAGUUAACUCUGGAAACCUUCCAAGGCGCCAGCGAUCUCGCGGUCAACAUGUUUCUUAAUGCAGCCGCGAAAAGAACGCUUCAGGCUUGGCGGCCUUAUCUGGGGUUCGCUCCAGGAAUUUGGGAGGCUAUUCUCAGCAACCCAAUCAACAAAAAAACGCUUGAUUUUGUCUUUCGCAGAAAGGCGGAAUUAGCAGACUUUAUCAUUGAUUUGAUAGAGCCUGUAAAACGCUUCGUCCGUUCCGAUUCGGACGAAAGAACAACAGUUUGCGAUCUAAAUGCGUUCAACGAGCUGGAUCUGACUAAACCAAUGAACCGACAUGCUUCGAUGUGCCAAAUCCAGAGGCUGUUGAAAUCUAUCGUAUCGAUUCUCCAUGGCCGGGACCAGGACAAGAGCCUAGCCGACUUUGUUAUGGACACAAGGCUCGACAGCGAUUGCGAUGACGCGAUUACUGACGUCAUUCAAGACUCGAUCGGCACCAAUACCCCAGAGACAUGGUUCUUCAUCAAUGGUAUUGCGGGUGAAAGUCAAUGGCUGAAGCUCGCUCUGGACAAACUAAAGGCCAGAUUCGGACAAGGAGACAAAGAUCUGGGCACGAUAACAGGAAUAUUCAACAGGGGUGACGGUAUCCUCUGGGACUUGAUCGAGUGCGCAGGCCAGAGAUGCGCCGAAAAUGGCACCGAUACAGACAACGUCAUUCAAAGGACGAAGAGCAGCCAGAAAGCUGAAAGUCUGCUGAAGGAUGAGCUGUUGAAGGCUUUGACCAAGGAAAGGGCUAAGCCAGAGAAUGAGCAAGAUCCUGUUAUUGUAAUUGCUCAUUCUCAGGGAUGCCUUCUUCUCAGAUUGGUCCUUGAAGAGCUGGCAUCCGACCCAAGAGACUUGGCCAUCAUGCAAAAAAGCCUCAUGGUCUUCACUUUCGGAAAUCCGAGUGUCGAUUGGGAGAUACACAAGUCCUGUAACCACACGGAGCACUAUGCGAAUGAGAAAGACUUCGUGGCGUGGCUUGGGGUGUUGCGGCAGGACGACGAUGAUUCCAGCGGGCGCUUCCACUACGAGAAUCUCAUUAAUAAAGGUAAGAAAGGCCACCUUUUCGGAGCGCAUUACGAUCUCGAAGAGGGAGCCUAUGAGUGUGUCAGCCACAAAGGUGAAAGAUCAAGGCUGUUCACCGGGAAAUAG